AUUUAAAAUAACCAUUAUAUUUAAAUUAAUGGUAUUGCACUAUUAAAAACGAUUGCAUUAUAAAAUUAUAAGACAAAUAUUAAAUUUAAAACGAGCUGGGCGUGUUCACUGGCUGACGACAGUAAACUUAGUGAACAAGCUAGUGUGUGUUAUUUUUAUAUUCAAUUAAAAAAAUUGCUUACAAUACAAAGUGCGUUAAUUCUUAAAUUCUUAUACAUAUUUGCUUUAACAAUUUUAAAUAAAUUUGUCUUUCACGUUCUAUGUUCACAACCGCCACUGAAGAGGUUACGCGCAAGACAAGUAAGUGCUUUACUAUGGUAUAUAUUAUAUUUAACCUUCUCCUAAAAUUGUCAUUCUAUAUUUUCUUACUCUCAUAGAAAGUAAUAAAUAAUUUAAGUGGCCAGCAAGGUUAAGUAUUUAACUCUUUUAUACUCUAUUUACCCCUGUAUCCUAUUAUUUAAUUUAUUAUUAGCGCUUAGAAUUUUUUCUGCGACUAAAUUUUACAUCAGCUAUCGAUCUGACGCAAUCCUAUUUUUCGUUACUUAUGACACGUAUAGGUACUUGUCUACUAUAAGGAGAAUUUAUUCUCACUAUAGAAUUAAUACCAUAUUCUUACUGGAAUCACUUACCUGGGCUUUCCACUAGUAAGCUCUCGUGGCCUCGGAUUUGUUAAAGUCAUAGCAAUAUAUGCUCCUCCUAAGGUUAAAUUUAAAGAUAAGUUCUACAACCGACUAUGCUGUAUAGUAUACAGAAAAAUAGUAUGAAAAGCAGAGUAUGAAUGUGACACAGAUAAGACAGCUUAGGUGGAUGAGUGAAGUGAUGAGAGAGCAUAGGAUGAGGAGCGAGUACAUAAGACUAUAAAAAAUGGUUGAAAAAAUGAGUGAAAAUGGACUGAUAUGGUUGGGGUAUGUCAUGAGGAGAGAAAAAUUAGAGGCAUUAUAAAAAUAGCAAUACAAAUAAACGUAGAAGGAAAGAGGGAAAGAGGAGACUGAAAAAGAGGUGGUUGGAUGAUAUGAGGAUGACGGCUGUGUGCAAAGAUAAUCUGGGAUCGGUUCAAGUGGAAGUUUAGGACGAGAGUGAUCAAUACCAAAUAGUUGAGAUGAUAGCUAACGAGAAUAAGAUGGUGUUCUAAAAUAUUAAAAAUAGCAAAAAUAAAAUAUACUUUAGUUUAUUAUUUUAUAUUAACUUGUAUUUUUUCUACAUUUAAUCAGUAGAUAGGCCACUACACCGAGCCAUCUAAAAAUCUAAUAAUACAAAAUAUUAUUUAAUGAAAUGGAAAUGUGAGUAAUUUUCUUUAGAAAAUCCUUUAGGAUUUAGAUAAAUGACCAAUUUGUUCUACUAUUUUUCAUACAAUUUAAACGAGAUUUAUGAAAAAUACAAAAUUAUUUAUUUAAUUUUUUUAUUUAUUAAGUAUAUUAUCAAAAAAUGGCAAUAUUAAAUUUUUUAUUUGGAUUCCCUGGUGCAUGCAACUAAUAUACUCGUAUAGCUCACUCUGCUAUUUGUAUCUGUAUUCUAUAAUAAUUUACAAAUCCUUAAAAAUCUGAUCCUAGUUCAUUACAGUAUAUAUAUAUAUAAUAUAAGGUUUAUUUUGAACAUUGAGAAAUGUAUUAUACCGGAUGAUCCAUUUAAGUGGCUACACUCAUUAUCACAGAAAGUAUAAGCUUUUUAUGGAAUUUGUCUUCUAGAACAUUUAAGAAACAAGCUGCUUUAUAAUUUUAUACUUAUGUUAUUUUUUGUCACCCUUAUUUUUGAGGAUAAAACCACUACUUACUUUUGAUUUUCAAAUAGCAACCUAUACUAAAAAUUCCAUAAAUAUAAAUUUAAAUAAUACAAUUUAUUUUAAUAAAUACUCCAUCUAUUUUAGAAAUUUUAUAAUAUAGAUUUCCAUUUGAAAAUCAAAAGUAGGUAAUGGUUUUACCCCUCCAAAAAAGGGUGACAAAAAAUAAUAUAAUUAUACAAUUUUAGAGCUGCUUGUUUCUUAAAUGUUAUAGAAAACAAAUUCCGAAAAAAAAUAAUACUUUCCGAGAUAAUGAGUGUACCCACUUAAAUUAAUGACCUGAUAUAAAUUCUAUACCUACAUUAAUUUUAAGAAAAACUACAAUGUGUUAAAUUUAAAUUACAUUGUAUUUUUGCCAAUAAUUUUGAAAUCUAAUAACUUCAUCUAUUUCAAAUUUACAAUAAUUGAUAUUUCUAUAUAAGUAACGUUUUCGGAUCCAGAAAAUAAUGUGACAGCUAAAAUAAUAUUUACCUAAUAAUUGUAUUAUUCUUUGACAGGUUAAUAAUUUAUUAUGGACCAUUCAGGUAAACUGUUUUUUUUAUAAUUCACUAGUAUAUUCUUAUUACACAAAUAUGCAAAAUGAUAAAUGAUUAUUAUCUUCACAUUCUACAUUAGUUUAAAAUUGUUUUAGUAAUUUUCUGUUUUCUAACUUUUAUUUUCCCUGUUAUUUUUAUUUAUUUAAAGUUUUGUUGUUUAAUUUUCGCGUAUUUCCGGUUGCUUUUCUUGUCGGUCACAAUACAAAGACAACUUCUAAGUCACCAAUAAACUAUACUGAAAACGUGUUAUCGAUACAAGUAUUGAGAUUUCAACCACCUAUCCGUUGCUUAGCAAAAUGAAUGCAUCAAAACGUUUGUAUCCGAUGUUGCUGCUAUUGAUUGUACUUACGGUAACAUUUGUUCAAUGCAAUGACGGCUUACUCAGGUGAAUAUUUGAGCAGCAGGUAUAAUAAAUAAUAACUGCUUAUAUAUUUUAUUACUGAUGUAGAAGUAAGUUUAGAUAUAAAUUAACAAAUUAAUUUUUGGUUAAAUCUUUUUCAGAAUAAAAAUAUCUAAACAUAACAAAAUACGUAAAACAGUUAGAAUAGAAGACGAAUUCCAUAAUAGUAGUGAACUCAUCACUGAACCGUUCUUUAAUUUUUUUGAUGUAAACAUACAAUUUUAAUCAUAAAUAUUUUUUCUAUAUAGCAAUUUUAUCUCUAGGCUCAAUAUUAUGGACCAAUUAGUAUUGGAACUCCUCCUCAAGAAUUUAACAUGAUGUUUGAUUCAGGUUCAUCAAUAAUGUGGGUGCCGUCGUCACAUUACAAUUUUUUCAACACACCUUGCAGUACGAUAUUUUAUUAUACCUUUUUUUAAAUUUGACAGUUUCACAUUUAUAUUUUUGUAAUUAAUUAUAAGCACCUAGAUCUACUAACAAUUUGUUUUUUUAGUGUUUCACAAUACUUAUGAUAGUGGAAAAUCAACUACAUUCCAGAAAAAUGGAUCAACACUUGAACUCAUAUAUGGUUCAGGAAAUGUGUAUCUUCGUUUAUCUACGGAUGUCGUUACAGUGAGUAAAAUGUAUACUAAAUACAGUAAAUAAUAUAAAGAUAAAAAAUUAAUUUAUUUUAGAUUCUGAAUGUAGUGAAAAUGUAUUGGUUUUAUUAAAAUGUUUAUUUUUUUUUACUUUUUUUUUUUUAUACUGUGUACGAAAAUUCGAUCAUAAAUCUUGCUCAGAUGUAUACGCAGCAACAUUUCUGAAAGGAAUAUUGUCCUAAAAAAUUUGAGCCAUUUUUGAGGUAUUUAUAAACAUUUUAAUUUUGAGAGUUUUAUACAUAAUAUUUAUUCGGUAGGUACUCUGUGGUAAAAUUAUUAGACAUGAACAGAAAUGCUUCAAAAUGUACAGGUGGUUCAUUAAGAGUCUUAAUUUGUGGAAAAAAAAAUGAGUUUAAUGUAGUAUUUUUUUUAUAAGGGAAUUUUAAUAUUAAAUUUUGAUAAAAAAUUAUGUGGAACAAAUAUAAUUUUUCAGUGUUUUUUUUUUUUUUUUAAUAUUGUCGAUCUAAAAACGAUGGUAAAGACAGAAUUAAGCGGACUGACUAAGUUUCGAAAUUAUAGCUUUUUGAAGUUCUGAUAUUAUGCAGAUAUUAUAUGUUAUAUUAAAUAUUUUUAUAUUAUCCCACUAUUGUAUAUUUGUCGUGAUCAAAUGGUAUUUAUGCUUAAAACCCAUUUAGGAUUCCGAAUUCAAACCAGUAUGACGAAAAAUAUGUGUUUGCAUUUUUUUCUCCUUUUACCUAAACAAGGGAAAAACAAAUACAUUUUGGACGUACUUAGAGACCCAAGCCAUCGCUCCCUCGGACUAUUUUAAUCGCAACAUACCCCUCGAUUUGUUGUUCAAACUUUUCUAACAGAAAUCUUGCUUUGAUAUAUCAAUUGUAGCUUAUUUUCUGAAAGGAAAUUUUAUCUCCAUGAUAAUUUGGAGAAGUCGUUAAUUGAUUUUUUAAGCGAUUUUCAUAACAUCUAUGAAAAACCGGGAAAAUGUCGGACAAACGGAAAAUGUACGAAAUGUAGAUAUUAGUAAAAAAAUAUAAUGGCCUUUUUUUUCUGUGUACAACUUUUCUACCAGCAAUUUCACUCCGAUUUAAAAUGAUAGCAUUUUUUCUUAAUGGAAAUCUAACUGAGAAGAUACUUUAGGGAGGUAAUUUUUCGAUAUUCCCAGGAGUUUUCCCAAUAAAUGGGAAAAAAAUUGAAAAAUCGGUACAAUUAUUAUUAAAAAAAAUAUGCCUAUUUAAUUUUUUUACCAUAAUAUGACAGAUAUAUUGCUGAAAAAGUAUCACUAUCAACUGAACUCAGCUCAAAAUCAUUUUAUCGUUAGCAAUAGUUUAUCGUUGCUUACAGAUAUACAUUAAAUUACCUAUAACAAUAGCUGCACCAGUCUCCAUUAUCCUAGGAUUUUUUUUUUAUUUCUAUAUAUACAUUUUUUAUUUAUAUUUUAUUUAAUAUAUUUAUUUACGAGUAUAAAGCAUUUUAAUAAUUUUAUUUUUACUUUAUUAUUUUAUCAUUGUUUAUUAAAUAAAAUCGUUCAAUAAUAAUAUGUUUUUAAGAAAUGCACUUACAAUAAUUAUUCAGGUGGCUGGUGUUCCUAUAUAUAAUCAAACUUUCGGUGAAGCUUACCAACAAUCACAGAUAAGUUUUACUUUAGCCAAAUUUGACGGAAUAUUCGGUUUAUCAUUUUCUAAAUUUACUAAUAGUAUCACUCCGCCAUUCUUCAACAUGUUGAAACAGGGUAUCUUGAAAAAUCCAGUGUUUUCGUUUUAUUUGUCGAGGUAGUAUAGUAUAAUAUGACUGACAUUACUUUUAAUUAUUCUGAAAAUUCGGUAAAUUUAAAUUUUAGAAAUCCAGCCAAACCUAUAGUUGGUGAAAUUAUAUUUGGUGGAUCUGAUCCUGAAAAAUAUUAUGGUGACUUAAAUUAUGUACCUGUUGUCGGAGAUGAUUCCUGGAAAUUUGAUGUUGAUGGGUAUGUACAAUUUAUAAUUAUUCGUAUGAAACUAUAUCGUCAUUAUUGUAUUGAAACUGUAAUUAUUUUUUUAUCAUAAAGAAUACUCAUUGAUGGAGAACCUUAUCUGAGUGAUGGACAUAUUCCGACAGUGGCUGAUACUGGCUCUAGCCUAAUCUUUGGACCAUCAGAUCAAAUUGAUGUUAUCAAUAAGCGAAUUGGUGCUACAUACAUUCCAAUAGGAGAGUAUAUUGUAAUUAUAAAUGUGUUUGCGAUUUUUGUACUUUUCUGUAACUUAUUUUAUAAUUUAGGUUGAUUGUAAAAAAAUUAAUAGUUUACCGAAUAUAUCAUUUGUUAUUGGUGGCAAAACAUAUGAUCUUCAAGGAAAUGAUUAUAUAAAAAUAGUACGUCUAUCUUAAUAUUUUUUUUUUUCAAUAUUUAUAAUAUAAUAUUUAUUAAUAUUAUUAUAAUAUGAUCUUUUUUAAUUAAUUAUUUUUCGUAUUCCAGUUUACAACGUUUGGGAAAAGUAUUUGCGUAUCUGGUUUUGUGGGUUUAAGCUAUGAUAUGUUCCAUGAAAAUAUAUGGAUAUUAGGUAAUAUUUUUCUUACUCGUUACUACACUGAAUUUGAUUUUGGAAACAAAAGAAUUGGUUUUGCCGAGAGUAAAGACGAUGCUUGAUUCCAAAUAUAUAAAUAGAUUCAUUCGUGGACUUAUUUAAAGCAUUUUGGUGCGUAUUUGCAUUGUAGUGAAUCAUUAAUGGCUGAGUUUUUAUAAAUUUCAAAAUGUCAGUAAUUUUUAGCGAUAUCAAUAAUUUAGUUUACAUUAUAAUCGCACCAUUAUUUUCUAUUGUAUGUAUUUUGUAUUUAUGUAAAUAAUAUAAUGUUUGUAAACAAAUACAAAUAAUGAACAUAUUUAA